ACGGCUUUUUCUUCUUUUUCUUAAGACGCGGAUUGCCAAAGUUUCGAUUUAUAAACGCGGAAUAUUUCUUGGAAGUAAAAAUGACCUGAGAGACGUUGUACACCCACCAGCUCUGACAAAGGUGGCGCGUGGGCGCUUGAACGCCAGCGCCGUGCGUAAUAGUCGAGGAGCAGGUGGAUGGAGAGGCUGGCGGGAUGCAGCUUUCCAGCAGGUCAGUACCGCUUCGGAGCGGCUGGACUUCAUGUAUUCUCUAUUGAGGGACACCUUGCCACGAUGGAGUUGAUAUGAAGAUGAAGUUCUCAAAUUUCAAUUUAAAAAUUUAUCUUCCGCUAUUGCCAAUUCUCCACAGCUGGGAUGUGACACUAGUGGUUCCUUGUUAAUAAAAAUUCCCCACUCAUCCCGAUCCCCAGAGCCCCAAACCCCAAGACCCCAAAAGUCUCAAAUUCCCAUAACCCCAAGCUUAUCUUAGAACUUACCAUCUCAAGGUCCUUUACCCUUAUUUCCACAGCCUUGCAUAGUGAAAUAAAUGCUUUUAUGUACGCAGAAGCCUAACUUUAAACCCAAUAAUAUAUUCUUUCCCCAAACUCCUUUCUGAUUAGACCUUUACCCUUUAAUCCUUGACAUCUUAAGACUCUCUGAGCCCUUUGAUACCCUAACCCCUUUCAGACAUCAUGGCCUUGGAUCAGUGGACCUUUCUUCCGACUUCCCCCAACAUCUCAAUCCCCGAGCCCCUCAUGUAUGACAGCUACUUUCAGGGGAAUGAGUCCUACUUGGACCAGAACAUCACAGAGACCCGGGAGCCUCACCAGGACAAGACCAGCUCUGUGGUCAUCACCUUCAUUUACUUCAUUGUAUGCGCUGUGGGGCUGUGCGGCAACGCCCUGGUCAUUUAUGUCAUCCUGCGCUAUGCCAAAAUGAAGACAGUGACCAACAUCUACAUCCUGAACCUGGCAGUAGCAGAUGUACUGUGCAUGAUGAGCCUGCCAUUCAUCGCCAUGCAGCUGGCGCUAGUGCACUGGCCUUUUGGAGAGGUGCUGUGCAGAGUGAUCAUGACUGUUGACUCUCUCAAUCAGUUCACCAGCAUCUUUUGUCUGAUGGUGAUGAGCAUCGAUCGAUACCUGGCUGUGGUCCACCCUAUUAAAUCCACAAAAUGGCGCAAACCCCGCGUAGCCAAGCUUACUAACCUGACAGUAUGGGGCGUAUCCCUGUUAGUUAUCCUACCUACUAUGAUCUUCAGUGGCCUUGACAAGGUGCCGGUAUGUGGGAUUGUGUGGCCAGAGCCCCAGGAUGUCUACUAUACAGCCUUCAUAAUCUACACCUUCUUCAUAGGAUUCUUCCUGCCGUUGGCAGUCAUAUGUCUGUGCUACCUGCUCAUUAUAGUCAAGGUAAAGUCGUCAGGCAUGCGAGUGGGUUCCACCAAGCGCAAGCGUUCUGAGCGCAAGGUGACGCAGAUGGUGUCCAUCGUGGUGGCAGUAUUUGUCCUCUGUUGGCUGCCUUUCUACAUAUUCAACGUCACUUCAGUCACCAGCUCCAUCAAUCCCACCUCCGCUGUGAAGAGCACCUUCGACUUUGUGGUGGUGCUCGGCUACGCCAACAGCUGUGCCAACCCCAUCCUGUAUGCCUUCCUGUCGGAUAACUUCAAGAAGAGCUUUCAGAAUGUCCUGUGUCUGAAAAAGGUGGCGGGCCUGGACGAGAUAGAGCGCAGCGACAGCAGGGCGGACAGGAGCAGGAUGGUUAAUGAUGCUAUAAUCAUCAACGCGAACUUGGAGACUCACAAUGCUGCCCUGCUCAAUGGCGAGUUGCAGACCAGCAUCUGAGACAUGGCAAGCAGAUUCAGGGAGGCCUGAAAGAUUAAGCAGUGGUGCUUCCAGACUGAUGAGCUGCCAGUACACUGCUAGUGACCCCUGUUCAAAGAUGCGGGGGCAUGAGGAUGAUAUAAUAGUUGCUGCUCAUGGACACAUGAACAAAGUCUAAGUGAAAAAUAAACAAUUUUGUAAGUGUUUGCAGAGGUCAGGGAAAGUACACUGACUCCAGCUCAAACUCUCUUUGGGUUAACGAGGCAACGUGAAAUUGUAGGCCCUGAUGCAGACAAAAAUGUAUGAAGUGAUAUUCAGCACAGCAGAGACAAGUGAUGUUGAAAUCAAACAUAAAUAAAUAAUGUUUGAUUGUGCUGUGUAUGCCUUCCAGCAUUGAGGUUCCUGUCAGAAGUCAUGCAGCCUGAACUGAGAAAUAAGACACAGGAUCUGAAAAUGGACCCACUGGAGAAAUACUGGGGCUACUUCACCCAUGGUAGAGAGAGAUCUGGGGGAAAUGAGCACUCCUAUGCUGUCCUUGAGGGAGUGGUUUGAGAGCUAUAAAGGGUCGGCAUUGAUUUCUCCAAAUGUGGAAAUACUGCUGAAGAAGUCAGCUAAAUCUUUCAGUGGAGAACAGCCAACAAUGUAAUUCUAUAGAAACUUUGAAAGACAGAAAUCUAAAACCGCAAGUCAAGGGUGAAAAGGUUCAUGGUCAUGUUUUAUUCAUACAAGCUGAUUAGUCUGGUCUUGUGAUUAUCAGGGCAACAAAAUGUCAAAGCCCCCCAACAAUGAAGGAUGCUCUUUUCUCUUUUUUGCCAGCGUCUCUGCAGGAGGAGCUGCAUUGAUCUGUAAAACUCUCGAAUUGAACAUCCUGGAUUAUUGAUUACUUCGAAGGAUGGGAAAACAUCUUGGCGGCUGCUCUGACCUUGCUAUCUAUAUAACAGCUUGACUCUGUACAUACAACAUGGUCAACAUCAUGGGGAAAGUUCUUGACACGAACUCUGUGUCAAAUUAAUUUCAAAGGAAUUCCCUGCUGUAAAGUUCUGUAUUCUUGUCAUGCAUCAAGGACAACUCUAAAACAAUGUUUGUGGAACCCAUUAAAUGUACUUUAUACUUCACUGUAUAUACAUAUUCACAUGGUCUUAACAAUAUUUCUCCCUGUGCCAGCGGUGCCAUUGUAAAGAGCCCAUUUCUACUUGUAAAGUGCUGUGUUUUGACAUUGUAAGAUUUCCUCCUGAGUUGAUGUUGAAUUGUGGUCACUACCCUCAGCUACACUUUUGGCUCAGCCAACGUGUGCUUGCAAAGUGCUGAAAUUUCACAGAGGGCAGAAAAAUGUGUCAUGUCGUCAAACGGGGAGAAAGAGACGAGAUAAGGGGACAGUAAGAAAAGGAGAUGAAUUGCUGUAUUAAUACAGAUGACAGAAAGAGCUAUGUAUGUGAUGUGAGUGAUAAAGAAAAACAGAAAAAGAAAGACAUACCUAUAUAAUUAAUUCAGAAAUAGUUACAAGCCUUGUAAUGGCUGUUUUGGAAGGUGCCCCCUCCUCGACAACAACUGCUCCAAGUCUGAUUGUAUUUCUUAAGUUGUAUUCUCACUCGUAUGUAUCAAUAGGUCAAAAACAUUCAACGGUUUAGCAGUAUGGGUCAAGCUCCAAAAAACAACAGAUUUCAUAUUUCCAAAGAUAAAACUGGAUUCAUUCACACAUCUUUUAAACACCGCACCCACAGUGCUUUCACACGUUACAUCUACGCUAACUCAAAAACGUUGAUUUAGCAUUAAGUUUUUCAUACUGUACAUUCCCGCCACUUAUUGUUAAAAUAUUAAUUGUACGCUCACGUUAUUGCACACCAAAUGCCACAAACAGUGUUGUAUUAACCUCUCAAGAGACCUAGACUCAAUGUAUCUGGCAUCUCUCCAUGGCAUUCAAUUCAGCAGCUAUUGAGACAUGUGAAUAUAGCUCCAGUAUAUACAGUAUCCCUGUCAUCUCUGCUGUGGCUUCUUAAGAGAAGAUUGACAGGGUACCAGAUUGGUUAAUGUAAUAAUCAAUCAAUCAAUCAGUGAAAUGUCAUGGAAUUCCCAUGUUUUAUUCAGCCAUUAUCUUGAGAAUGUUACCAUGCUAACAGAUAAGCAAGUUAUUAGGGGACUGUCCAUUGUUCCCACGGCUUGUGAAGCCCCAAUAGUCUGAAAAAAUCUGACGGGACCAAAAGGUCAUUUGACAGGUUGUUUUCACGAAAACAAACACACAUUGCUCCGAAGGGCUAAAAACUCCUGCCUUACUCUGCCUCUGAUUGGUUAGUACUCUUCGCCUUUGUUGCUCGGGUUGGUCAGGUGUUAGCAUGAGA